AAAGAAACAAUUAAUUACAUGCUCCACUGCUAUAAAUUCUGUCCCAGCUCUCGCCAAAUUCACCAAAAGCAUUUAGAUAAUUGUUAGCUUAACUAACAAUUAAUAAAGAGAUGAAGCUGUUGGGAUCCAGCCUCGCAGUUUGGUGUGUGGUGGUCGUGCUGUGGGCGGAGGUGCCCGUGGCGGCGGCGAGGUUGUGCAGCCUUGAGGAGUUGAGUGUAUGCAUGGAGGCGGUGACGGGGUCGGAACCGCCAACAAGCGCUUGUUGCAGCAAGCUGGCGGAGCAGGAGCCGUGUCUGUGCGAGUACCUCAAAGUGGACCCAAAUCUGAAGCAGUACGUCAACUCCCCUGCCGUCCAGAAGGUGGCCGCCGCCUGCAACAUUCACAUCCCAACACGCGAAAUCUGCGACUCUACGUACUCUCAGGAAUUUGCACUGGUACCGGAUUGGAUUUUGGGAUAGUUGCAAUCUCUCUUGAAGUUUGACGAAAUUAUAUGGGUUUUUUGUUAUUUGAAAAAUUAAAUAUAUCACUCCUUAAGUUUACUUUAAUCUAACAAGUAAGUCUCUUCGUUAGUAAAAAAUUUAUCGAUUUUGUUGAUAUUAACAAAAAAAUCGAAAAAAAUUUAUA